AUGGAUUUGGCAACAGAAGAGAUGAAGCGAACCCGGAACCAGAGAAAGCCAAAAUCUGUCGUGGAGAAAAUGCGACGCACCUCGGAGGAAAUCGAACCUACGCAAGUGGUAAUGACAUCUCGAUUUGAUGUUGAGAGAGUCAAAGGCGUAUACGAUGAUGAUUCUCCUGUUUCUGACCAAGAUGUUGCGUCUCCGCCUCGGAGGAUUACAAGGAAGCGACGCAAACCAGCUCAACCCUUAGCUGAGAUAUCCUCCAACAUCCCAAGAGGAAGCAGCGGCCGUGCCUCGCGCGCCAACGCAGCUGAGAAGCCGGCUAAGCUGGAGCCUCUGCUCAAUAAUGAAAGCAUUGCGGACAUGCCGUCAACCAUCGGCGCUCUCCGAAGUCAAACUGACAUAUUUCACGACGAGAACAGGAUUGGUUAG